AUGCCGCGCGCGGAAGUGCCGCCAGAUGAUGAAUGGUCGCAGGAGGCUGCUGAGACCUAUUGGUGGGGCAGAUGGCGAGACCCCUCCACCAGCUGCUACCCUUGGCUCUAUGCCGACGGCAUGCCACGUCCUAGCCAUCCGAUGAAGGAUGACUGGGGUGUGCAGCCUUUUCCUGUCGACUAUGAGUCUGAAUGGGCCCAGGGACGAAAGCAGUGGGAGGUCUACCUGGAAUCCUAUGACGCCUGGCUUCGGGAACUGAGCCGUUUGAUCGAAGUCUACAAGCGAAAGGUGGAGGAAAUGGACUAUGAGGAGAGUAGAGAGGUGUACCAGGGAAAGUAUCCAGAUGCUCCGGAAUACCCAGCUGCUGACGCCAAAGUGCUGCAAGCUGCCGCGGAGCCGGAUGUGGUGGCCUUGGCGGAUGCCUUGGAGGAUCCCUUGAGCGAUCCCUGCUGCAAGGAUUGCGCGCUGUGGACGCCUCUGAUGUAUGCGGCCAUGGCUGGCAGUCUGGAGUGCGUCGAGUAUUUGAUCGAUAUGGGAGCUGACCCAGCUGCUCUCAACUUGCAAAAGGACGCGGCUUUUGACAUUGCCAUCCAGCAAUUUGCCAAGAAAGAGCCCGACCAUCCAGUGAUCUACUUCUUUCAGGAGGAGGGGAUCACCCCUGACUUCAAGCUAUCAGGGCUGUUGAUCCGUGAUGAACUAAGUCAGAGCGCCACGCGGACGGGGUUGGCGCUCAAAGCUGCAAGUGCCAAAAAAGGAGUUGCAAAAGUGCAGUGGACUUAUCAGCUUGUUCUGCUGGGCCACUUGAGAACUCCUUGA